AUUAUUGAAAUGUGGAUCUGUCCUGAAUGUUUUAUGGAAAAUAGUGCUAACAAUGAAUCGUGUAGUAAAUGCCACACCAUUAAGAUAGACACGGAUCCAAAAGAAAAAGAACCAACCAAAGUAGAAGCAUUCGCCUGGGAUCAAGCAUCUGUCAAACACAACCUGCCUGUUUCUGUCAAUUUGAGAAAACACAUCAGUAUAAAAAGGGAUGAUCAUUCUCAACAUAUUUAUAGCUGUAUCAAAAUAGGAAAUACAUUACUGUUUACGGACUUUAUAAACAAACGACUUAUUAUUUGUAAUGCAUAUGGUACUGAUAUUCAUGACAUUCCGCUGUCCUAUUCUCCAUAUGCUAUAACACAGAUAGACAGUAAUACUGUAGCAGUAUCCUGUAAAGGCAAAAUCAUAUUGAAAAUAGAUAUAUCUACAUGUUCUAUCACCAAUGAAAUCACCACCAGUCGUGAAAGCUUCGGAAUAUCAUAUUAUGAUAAUAACUUGUACAUUGUUAUUGACAGAUGCUUAAUGCAUGUGAUGGACCUGCCAUCUGAAGAAAAACGUACCAUACCUUCCCCUUUAGAGCAUAUCGUCGACAUAACUGUAGACAAAAACAGGAUGGUUAUUAUAGAAAGGACGUCAAUAUACUGUUGCUCGUUAGAUGGAACACAAAUUUGGAAAACCAAAAAGGAUAAUUUGGAAGAUUUUCAUAGUGUGACAACAGAUGAUGAGCAGAAUGUGUAUGUGACGAAUUUUAAGAAAAAUAACGUAUUAGUAAUAUCUGAUGAUGGUGAACAUUACAGAGAACUUUUUACUGAUUUAAAUGAAUUGAAAGAUCCGUGGGGAAUUUAUUUUGACAAAAAAGAUAAAAUUCUGCUUGUAUGUAAUGAUCAUGAUGCUUUUCUUUUUGAUGUCAGAUAAGAACAAAAAUGAUUAUGAAUAAUUGGUUAGACAAUGAGGUUCUUUCAGAUUCUGGUCUGUUUGAACGUUAAGGUCCGUUGAAAUAAAUAUUGUAUUUGUUCUGAUUAUUAUUGUGUUUCACCAUAUUUUGUUCUUGCAAUAAAGUAUCAUGUUGCAAUAUGUCGCUAAUAAAUUACUGAUAAGGUAUCGUAAAGUGUUUGCUCUUUCAAAUUACAACCGGCUCAGCCGAUUUUUUUUGUAAGAUUU